GCAAAGUGCAAAUUAAUAAUAUGUUGUGUAUAGGUAGGUUAGGUAUUCGAUCUGUGACUGGAUGAUAACUAUAGGUCAUCUAAGUUCAAGGGUCUCGUUGCUUUUUUGAUUUGAUUUGCCGGCUCUAGAUUGAAAAGGGGGUUAGGGAGAGAAGCUUGUUCAUGUCGUCAUGCUUCUUCCGCGCAGAUUGGGGUGUCACAAGCUACAAUUUUUUUUUUACUGCUGCAAGGGGAGGCGGAAAAAUAAUACGAGGUGAUCGUCUACCCUGCCCAAGCGGGAGGAACCACGUACGAUGGCACGGCGGGAGAGAGAGUAAGUAAGAAAAGAAAAUAAAGGAACAUGGUGAUUGAGUGAGUGAUUGACUGCGGCCACUGCAACGUCGCAUUUGGUAGGUGAAGGUGAUAGGUUAGGACUUUUGAUUCGGUGAUAUUAUCCAUGGAAUAAGGAGGUUAGUCAGUUGGGUAUAUAUAUAUAGGGGAGUGACUUGCUCGAGUUGAAGGAAAAAGAGAAGACAUCACAUCAUCAUCAUCAUCAUCACACCAACACAAGUUCCGACUUCACUCGCUCAACUAUAUAAACUUACCUUUGGAACCCUUCGAAGUAAAUCAAACCAAACCAAAUCAACCAACGAUACCAUUCCUACCUAACCUUAGGUACUUGUAACAUUUAAAAAUUAACAAUAACACCACCAUCAACACCAAAACCAUCACCAUGCAAACCACUACUUUCCUCACCACCCUCUUGGCAGCCGCGGCCACCACCGUCUCCGGCGCCGCCAUCGCCCCGCGCCAAGCCAACGCGAUUUCCAUCGCCCGCUUCGCCGCAAACUGCAUCCCGCACAGCGUCCUCUGCGUCUACGACUUCACUGCCAUCACCAGCCCCACCAGCGCCUCGCCCUCCGGCAACCCGGACCCGGUCCGCUGCACCAAGUACCUGCAGGGGCCCGACCGCCUGCCCGACGUCGCCCUCACGGGGUGCGACGGCCUCGCCUACGCGUGGGCCGUGAGCAGGGUCCAGGGCGGCGGCCUGCAGCUCACGGUCACGACGCCGAGGGACUCCCACACGAACUACACGGGCACCUUUGACAUCGGCGCCGACCAGCUGGUGAUGGAGCAGCACGAGGCGUCGGUGGUGGAGAGGUACACGGGGCCCGGCGAGUUUGAUGUUGCGGUUGGCUGGUCGAACUCGUAGAUGCCUGUCUACCUAGUACCUACCUUCCUUAACCUAGGUACUUAAUUACUUACCAUGAUUGGUGAUUGGGAGGCAAACGGGGAAAAGGGGGGGAUGUGAGGAUGGAUUAGGGGGGAAGGAAAGGAAAGGAAAAAAGGGACGAGGUGGACUCAUUUUUUUUAUUUUUUUUUAUUACGGGACAUGUUCUGCAUUGCGAUUGCGUUGCAUUGAAUGGGAAUGGAAAUAGUGAUACAUAUGUAUGAUGGAUGGAUGGAUGGAUGGGCAUGCAUACAUAGAUAGACAUACAUACACAUACACGGGCUCGAGGUACAUAAUUUUUCUAAUAUGAAAAGUAAUUGCUACUGGAAAUAUUGAACACUUUG